UACAUGUUGUAUAUCUAUAUAUAUUCAUAUAAGUACUAAUAAUACCCCCUUUCCUUUCUCUCCUUUCGUAUCCCAUUCUCUCAAUUCCUAUAUAUAAAAAAAUUAACAUAGAUUUCUCCACCCGAUCCGCCCCUCACAUUCUCGGUUAAACGGUUGUUGAUAAAAUGUCAUCUCCUAGCAAAAGGAGGGAAAUGGAUGUUAUGAAGCUGAUGAUGAGUGACUAUGCUGUGGAGCCAAUUAAUGAAGGGAUUAAUGAACUUAAUGUGGAGUUCCAUGGUCCAAAAGAAAGUCUAUACGAAGGCGGUGUGUGGAAAAUCCGUGUGGAGCUUCCUGAUGCUUAUCCAUAUAAAUCUCCUUCUAUAGGGUUUCAAAAUAGGAUAUUCCACCCCAAUGUCGAUGAGUUGUCUGGUUCUGUUUGCUUGGAUGUCAUUAACCAAUCAUGGAGUCCUAUGUUUGAUCUCUUAAACGUAUUUGAGGUUUUCCUCCCCCAACUUUUGCUAUACCCAAAUCCUUCAGACCCAUUAAAUGGUGAUGCAGCAUCACUGAUGAUCAAGGACAAAGAGCAAUAUGAGAAGAAAGUAAAAGAGUACUGUGAGCUGUAUGCAAAGAAGGGGGAUAUAAGUGGCACACUCACAGAUGACAGUGAAGAUGCAAGUGAUGGUGAUGUUAGCGAUGGAAGAAGUGAAUCAAGUGAAGAAGAUGUUGCUGCAAAUGCAGAUCCAUAAGUUAAAGAAAAAUUGCUGUGGAAUUCAAAGAUGAUAAAAAAAAAAAAAGGCUUGCUUUUAUCUCAGCCCUCUUUAUAUGGGUUUUGUCACAUAGUUGCUUGUAAAAUUAGUGGAAAAGCAGAGCAAGUGAUAUGCCUGCUAUAGAUAUGUGAUGAAUACUUUAUACCUUUCAUUAAGCCCCCUGAAUUACAUAAUGACGAAUAUAAAUGGGAAUAUGGGAUUUUAUCUCAAAAAACUAUUUCGUUCA